AGAAUCAGGAUCGGGUCGGGUCGGGUCGGGUCGUUGUCUGCGUCCCUAAAUCAACGAUUCAAACAUCGACUUCUGAGUUCUCUCUUUCUUCAGUCUGAGUCGACGCAGCUCCACGCCUCCACUCUGCCACUUCUCUCAAAUAAAAUGCCCAACUGAGUUCUAAAAUAAAGAGAUUUUGAAUUGAACUAAAGUUAUGCUCCACCAGUUUCCUUUCUUCCAUUGUUAUUUAAUUAAUACCGGGGAGGGAUUCAAAAGUGGAUUUAACAAAGUUCAAGGUCUAUGUAGGUAGAUAUCUCCAAUCAUUGGACAGUUGAGCGAGCAGUAUCCUCCUCAUGUAAUAGCAUGUAAGAUUGACAUUGAUAAGAAUGUCUAGACUCUCCUGAUUCUGGGCUCUCUCCAGCUAAGUUUCACGGACAAGGUUAGUGGUGAUAAUCUGUUUUAAUGAUAUGAAUGAAUGUGUGUGAUGUUUGCUUUUAAUACGAGUAAGGCUGAUAGUUUGAUAUAUUGUUUUACUAGAUGAUGUCUGAUGAUUUGUUUCUAACUUGGUUGGGUUUGUUUAAAUUAGUUAAGGGAUCCAGUUGUCUUCCUAAAUUUUUUCCAAAUAAUUAAGUUGAAUUAAGAAAGAUAAUAAUCUAAGUAUCUGGCUAGUUUGAUUUUUUCUGUAUGUAUUUUGGAUGAAGAGUCCAGUUAUCCUGAUUACACAUGAAAAGUCAUAUCAGGAGGUUUUGCCACACAUGAAUGUACUUAGAUUUUUAUUCUUGGAAGCAAUAUAAAUCGACUCAAAGAGAUAUUUUAGUAUUUCACUAUGUUUGUUCAUUACAUGUCAAAUGAAACAUAUCCUUUGGUAAUUGCAUUGUCUUAUUUUGGUCUAGACACUCUAGACAGCUAACCCGAAACCUCUUGUCCAUUCCAUAUAUUUUGUAACUGUAACACCCUAUAUAUGCAGGGCCAAUCUAAACCAGAGAGUUUGUGAACGGGAAAAUGUUAUUCCCUUCAAGAAGCUUCAGGCAGAUUCUUUCGUGCACUAAAGCAACUCAAUUAACUUCUCGCACUCUCAGCUGCCACUCCGUUUCUAAUCACUUUUACCCAACUAGACGCAAUCACUUCUGUUCACAGAACCAGAUCAUAUUCAUCCCAGUUGUUUACUUUUGGUCCUCACCUCUCUUUGUUAUUGCAAGUAAAUUCGUUGGCAGUUGUCAAUCAUUUUCAACUAAGGCAUCUGAUAAUGAAGAGGAAGAGCGAGUCCUUAAUGAAAUUUUCGCUGCCAUAGAAACCGCCCCAAGGUCUGCCUCAGAAAUAUGUACUGCUCAUAUUGAUAAGCUGUGCAAGUCUGGAAAUAUUUCUGCUGCUGCUAGAUUUCUCAAAACCUUGCAUGAUAAACAUAUCUUCAUUAGCUCUAGAACGUACAAUGUCCUAUUGGCAGCAGCCUGUGAAAAGAAUGACACUGUCCUUAUAUCUCAAGUUUUUUCAGAUGCAAUUGUGUCUUCUACAACAUUGCCUUCAGCUUCUUAUCUUUAUAUUGCAAAGUCUUUUGCAAUUGGGUGCACAGAUCUGCAUAGGUUUAUCAAAAAUAUCUUGGAGUUGACCUUGCCAAGCAUGAAUGUUCUAAACAGUAUCAUUUCGGCCUUUGCAGAAAGUAGGAAGAGUGAUCAGGCUCUUUUGAUAUUUGACCAGAUAAAGAGUUCAAAACACAAACCAGAUCUGAUUACAUACAAUAUUGUUUUGCAUAUUUUGGGCUGUGCUGGUCAUGUUGAUAAAAUGCUUCAUGAGUUUUCCUCAAUGAAGGAAGCUGGGAUCUUCCCUGAUGUUAUUUCAUACAAUACAUUGUUAAACAAUCUGAAGAAGGCAGGAAGAGUAGACAUGUGCACAUCAUAUUUUAAGGAAAUGGUCGACAAUGGAAUCCAACCAGAUUUGCUUACUUAUAGUGCUUUGAUUGAUUGUACUGGCCGCGCGGGAAAUGUUGAGGAAUCGUUGAGACUCUUUAGCGAGAUGAAGGCUAGGCAAAUUCGUCCCUCCAUCUAUAUCUAUAGGUCACUGGUCCAUAAUUUGAACAGGGUAGGGAAAUUGAAGUUGGCAAAAUCACUCUUAGAGGAGAUGAAAGCAUGCAGUCCCUCUGAUCUGGCUAGUACAGAGGAUUUUAAAUCAUAUUCAUAGUGACUCUAACAAUACUACGGGAUUCAUUUGAAACAUAUUCUGUAGGUGAUGAACGUGAACAAGAUCUUACAUUCUGAGGUUCAUUUAAAUUAUAUUCAUCUGAUCAACUUGCUUGUGCUUUGAGCAAAAUAUUGUAAGAACAAUUGCCAGUGCAUGAAGAAGAAGCUUUUGCCCAUGCAUGUGCCGGGACCUUUUCGGAGUGUGUUGCAAUGAUUUAGCCAGAGAACGAUUGUACAAAGUAUCAACUGCAUGUUCAUAGACAGUCUAGAAUUGUUCAUCACAAUUCAUACCAGCAUAGCUUUUGCUUGUAACUUUUUUUUUCCUUGAAUCACGAUCCGAUUCUCCCAAAAUUUCAUUACCAUAGAUUUUGUAUUUUAUUGUUAAUAUCAUGUGUCUGUGAAGUAAUAUUGCCAACUUUUAUUAUUGACUAAUGAGAGCUUUCAGAUUA